AUGUGCCACAUCACCCGUUUCUCAGCCAUAGAAGUUGAUCAAUUUGAAGAGAUUCUCGAAUAUCUGGAUGGAAGGUCCGGAAGUUAUACUGUGGGAAUAACUGAGGCAGAACUAAUAAUGCAAAAAGAUAGAUUAUUAUGUCUUGUCUGGGAGAUGUAUAAAGCACGAGACUCAAUUGGACAAAGUCAAGGAUCCAUGGACACCAUACAUUAUUCUCCCCCUGCUCCAAACAUAACCUCCCAUAGAAUUUGGCAUUUUCAGAAAGGACUGUUUGAGUUGUCAUUCUACAUAUCACGGGAACGAAACUGCAUGUACUUGUACACGGAGUUCUGUGGAAAUAGAUGGAGUAGGCAGCUUCUCUUUCCAGUUCCAACUGGUGAAGGGUUCGCCAUCACAGAUAGGCAACGUUCUGGACUACAAUUUGAGACGAUUGAAAGGACGAUUGAAAGGAGAUUUGAAAGGAUUAUUCGGUUGCUUCUGUCGGUGUUCGUCCUCCAACACGGGGUCGAGAUGCUGAGGAGGUUAGUCAUUCUGCAAAAUCAAACCAGUGACUUUGACGUCCGUCAAGUGCUUCGAGACAAUGGCGACGCUGCAGAUACUGGGAUACCAGCCAACAUCAUCUCACCAAGCUCGAACCCAACAGAACAUUGCAGCGAACCAUCGCAACUCGACUGCUCUCCUAUUUCGAUGGACCUAUCCAUAACCCCAUCACUCACAAUUCCUCCAUCCAUCAGCUUUCCUUUCAGCUGGAACUUUUAUGCCGGUCAGAAUGAUCUGUUCCCAUCAUCAAUCACUGACACCCCUGUUUGGCCAAACCAAGAGAACACAGCAACAGCUGAAUUCGACUUAGGAUUUGACAACACCGCCCUCCUGCCCUGGAUAGACGGCACGGCAUCAUCAGCGCCCCUUCUGGAGGACAGUGCUACAGGAAGAAUAACGGAGGUGCCGUUUGACGACAUUGACAUGGAUCCAGCAGCUGGGUUGAGUCUGCUUCCGGGUAUUCAGAACGAUAUGUAUUGA